GUGUGCCACGGUCCAGUCUAGUCAAGGCCAAGUAGGUAGUAGGUUAUGGCUCAUCGAGUUUAAGUCCCUAAAUGCAAUUGAUUUGAGGGUCUGGCUCGGUAUUCUGACAUGUUGGCUUAAAAAUACGAAAACGACAACAGAAUGAGUGUUUUUGUAUAUGUACACGAAAUAAAAAAGAAAAACUAAAAACGAGCAUCCACAGUGGUUUUGCGCCCUGAAAGUUGCUUGCUACCUGAGUGAGUGAGACGCUAACAGUCAAGUUUUGGCCUCUUAAUCACUGUCAGGAACUUCAAUAUUGGAGGAGGAGUAAGUUUGACUGGGUAUCCAUCACCAUGGCUACAUGUCGCCAUCCCUGGAUGAGCCCGUGGGAGGAGACUGAAUGUUUCACGUACUACGACAUGCUCACUCCUCACGAGAUCUACGAGGUGGUGGGCUCUCAGCUGACGGAGGCAGACGUGGAGGUGCUGUCGUAUAUCCUGGACGAGAUGUACCCCAACGAGCACCCCCUGGACCCCGAGCAGUGGACGGAGAUGGCCAGGGCGCGCGACUCCGGGCUGCUGGAGGUGGUGGCGCCGGCGGACCCGCGGCUGGUGAGAGCUUGGCGGCGGGCGCGGGGGGGUCCCCGGGCGCGGGGUGGGGUGGGGGCGGCGUGUGCGUGUGCGUGUUCGGAGGUGGCGCGGCACCGGCCCAAGUGCGGCGUGGAGCUGCUGCUGGAGCUGGAGAGGCGGGGCCACCUGAGCGAGGGCAACCUGGAGCCCCUCCUACAGCUGCUGCGCGUCCUCACACGCCACGACCUGCUGCCCUUCGUCUCACGCAAGAAGAGGAGAACAGUGUCGCCAGAGCGGGACUACCCAGUCCCCAUGGAAACGGCCGCCAUGGAGAGGACCUCAGAGGAGACUGCCAGCUGCAGCCACACCGGCCCACCGAGCGACUGCUCCUCGGAGCUCUGGAGGGAAGGAGUUGACCCUGUGCGAGCGGCAGCUCCCCCGCGGCGUAAGCGGGGCAAAGGUCGCCAGUGGACGCGCAGGAAAGGCCCCAAACCCCAGGAGUGUCCACCGCCACCGCCGCCGCCGCCCGUCCCCAACAAAGUCACCUGUGAUAUCCGUCUGCGUGUGCGUCCCGAGUAUUCCGAGCAGGAGUCCGUCCUGCGUGCGUCGGUCUCGUCCACUAAGCGGGAGCCGUUGGCACGGCAACUGGACCUGUUUGGCCGUGCCAACGCCAUGCUGCGGGCGCGGGACCUCGGCUCCAUCAACUGCGACAUCAAGUUCUCCGAGGUGGCUAAGCUGGAUGCGUUCUGGGCGGACUACCUGAGUGGGGCUCUGACGGAGGCGCUGAAGGACGUGUUCCUGACGGACGCGCUGCGGAGAGCCGCUGGUCAUCACCGCCUGCAGCUAUUGGUCAGCGUGGACCAGGACGACUACGAGCACGGCCGCCGCGUUCUCAUGGAGCAGUUCCCAGCUCGAGGAGACGAAGCUCACUGGUGACGACACACACUGCGGGAGGAACGUUUAUUUCUGACCUCUGACCUCUUCCAUUGGUACCAUGGUGACGAUGAUGAUGAUGACGAGAUGCUGCAUCAUGUCAGACUACACCGGAGGCCAAACUGCUGUGUGUGUGUGUGUGUGUGUGUGUGUGUGUGUGUGUGUGUGUGUGUGUGUGUGUGUGUGUGGAUGCAUGCUGAGAGGCUGCAUCAUGUCAGACUACACCAAAAGGCCAAACUGUGUGUGUGUGACUGGAUUUGGGGGUGGGGGGUGGGGGGGCGCACACACACACACACGCAUGCCCUCACCCACAUGCCAAAAAUGAUCACACACUCAUGCACACAAACACAUGUGACACAGGGAUUCAUGCUGAUUUGUUAUCCUUGAACUGUUUGGAGUGUGUGUGUGUGUGUGUGUGUGUGUGUGUGUGUGUGUAUGUGUGUGUGUGUGUGUGUGUGUGUGUGGGCUGUGUGGUGAAACUACUGCAAAACUUCCACCAGAUGAAGUCAUUAACUGGAAGCAGGGCCAAGGGCCACUGGUGUGUGUGUGUGUGUGUGUAUGUGUGUGUGUCUGGUGUGUGUGUGUGUGUGUGUGUGUGUGUGUGUGUGUGUGUGUGUGUGUGUGUGUGUCCUGUAAUGGGGUAGGGCACUGGAAGAAACGUUGUUGUUCUGGUACAGCAGCUGUGUGUUGUGAUUGGGGGACGUGAGGUCCUUUGUGUUUGAGUUGGGAAUAACCGCCUUCGUCUCUGAGUGUGUGCUCAGUACUGCCCCCUGGAGGAGGGGCGCACCUCUCGCCUUCACGGUGCAUUUCAACAGGAAAGAGUGAUUGAAGGAGGAUAGAUGUCUUUGUUCUGGAAGUAUAGAGGUUACAUCUUUUGUCAUCCCUUUUGUUGUACUUAAUUAAAUCUUAAUUAAAUAUGUUUGUGUAUGUUUAAAAUCGUUUCAGAUAAAGGAAGUCUUUAUCAGCCAAA